UGGAGGCACUGGUUAGAGGGGGCGGUUCAGCCGUUUGUGGUUUGGACUGACCACAAGAACCUGUCAUAUAUCCGGACCGCUAAACGGUUGAACCCAAGACAGGCAAGGUGGUCUUUAUUCUUUAAUCGUUUCGAUUUUGUCGUCUCGUACCGCCCUGGCUACAAGAACACCAAGCCAGAUGCGCUCUCUCGGCAACACGAUCCGGUCAUGGGGGACCAGACACCCACGACGGUAAUUCCUGUGUCUCGUGUCCUGGGUGCCCUCACCUGGAGGCUGGAGAAGGACAUCAGGGAGGCCCAGGUCCAGGAGCCGGACCCGGGAGGGGGUCCGCCCAACAGACUUUUUGUUCCUAGGACCUGUAGGAGUCAGGUUCUUCAGUGGGCCCAUGCGACACGUCUGACCUGCCACCCCGGUGUUCGCAGGACUAUUACCUUCCUGCGGCGGCAGUUCUGGUGGCCCAGUCUGGCGCGGGACGCUCAGGAGUUUGUCGCUGCCUGUACUGUCUGUGCCCAGAACAAGGUCAGUAACCAACCGCCUGCUGGGCUCCUGCAUCCUCUGCCAGUUCCGAGUCGUCCUUGGUCCCACAUCGCCUUAGAUUUUGUGACCGGCCUGCCUCUCUCCGCCGGCAAGACCGUGAUCAUGACCGUGGUGGACAGGUUUUCCAAGGCCGCUCACUUCGUGGCCCUCAAGAAACUGCCUUCUGCCGCUGAGACGGCUCAGCUAGUAAUAGAACACAUUUUUAGGCUGCACGGGAUACCAGUGGACCUAGUUUCUGAUCGGGGACCACAAUUCGUCUCCCAGGUGUGGAGGGCUUUCUGUGCGGCUUUCGGUGCUUCAGCUAGUCUCUCCUCAGGGUUCCAUCCCCAGUCCAACGGGCAGGCCGAGAGGACUAACCAGGACCUGGAAGCAGCUCUCCGGUGUGUCUGCUCCCGUAAUCAGAACACUUGGAGCUCCAUGCUACCCUGGGAGAGAGAGGCAGCGGUUCCGUCCGUCCAGCACCUGUUCCGCCGCUGUAGACGUAUCUGGAGGGAGGCACGGGCCGCGCUUCAACGCUCGUCCGCUGCAACAAGAGACUGGCUGACCGGCAUCGCCGUCCGGCUCCCACCUAUGCGCCAGAGGGUGAUCAACCCCGUUGCUGUCAGGCUACGCCUACCUCGGACGAUGCGUGUCCACCCGGUCUUCCACGUUUCCCAACUGAAGCCUCAUGUCACGAGUCCCCUUCACCCAUCUCCCUCACCACCUCCGCCGCCUCGCAUCAUUGACGGAAAACCUGCGUGGACCGUGCGGCGCAUCAUGGACAGCAGACGGCGGGGACGAGGUUUUCAGUAUCUGGUUGAUUGGCGGGGUCAUGGCCCUGAGGAGCGGUCCUGGGAACCUUCUUCCCGGAUCCUGGAUAAGGACAUGAUCAGGGAGUACCAUCGGCGGCACCCUCACCUGCCCGGCGGUGCGCCCAGAGGCGCCCCUUGA